AUGGACUCAAAUAAUAGAAUUCUUAAUCCUACAAUCCAGUUAGAAAAAUCCGAUGAAAACAAUUCUUCAAUCGUUACUGACAUAAACAGUAGUCUAACGCACAAUAAGCGCAGGAACACCAGACUACUAACUUAUAGUCGACAAAUUCAAGCAGACGAUGACGAUGAUGAUGAAUUUGAUACUCCCGUUAAUAUUUAUCGCGAACAUAAAAAUCAUUUAGAACAAGAUAAAAGAGUUCGUAAAGAAUUGGAUACACAAAUAUUUGAUGACCUUUAUGAACCUAUUCAAAAAACUUUUGCGCAUAAUUCAAAAUUUUUAACGUCGAAAGACGGUGAUAUUCCUUCUGGUGACAAAGGAAUUAUCAUGACUGGCAUAUGGAAUUGUAAUUAUAAUGGAAUAUGUUAA